GUCUCUUUUUCGAGAGCUCUCGAUCUUCCAGCAUAUCUUGGACUACUCAUUCUUGCACGCAACUCUCGACGGACACAAUCCAGCCGAGCCGUUGACAAAAGCCGCCCGGCCAUAAUAGCAUACACCAGGCUUGUCAUGGCCACAGGUACUCAGGCCAGCAGGUCGGCUCCGCCACGGCCGGCUGUCGUCGUCAUCGGCGCCGGCAUCAUUGGCCUCACGAGCGCGCUGUGCAUCCAGGCUGCCCUGGGCGACAAGCUCGACAUUGUCAUCGUGGCACGCGAGUGGCCCCACGCCGUGGCCGGCAUCGAGACCGACACGUCCGCCAACUAUGCCUCCAUGUGGGCCGGGGCACAUGUCCGGCCGAUCCCGGUCAACGGCGAUGUGCAACUCGACAGAGAAGCGCAAUGGCUCAAGUCCACGUGCGAGACCUUCAAGCGACAGGUCGUGGAGGAGCCGUGGAUCGGGGUUACUGCCGUCAGGGGCAGAGAGUAUCUCGAGGCGCCUCCAGAGAGCUAUGUCAGUCAGACCGCCGAGUCCUUCGGGCAGGAGACGGGUCUGCCUGGAUACCGCCGGUUGGCUGAGGGUGAGCUGCCAGAGGGAGUCAAGCUUGGGUUCGAGUACGACACGUAUUGUGUCAACUCCCCACUGUACUGUGCCAGCCUGCUCAAGAAGUUCCUGCUCUGUGGUGGAAGGACGGCCGUCAGGCAAUUGGCGAGCGUAGCCGAGGCAUUUGCUGUCUGUGCGGACGUGAGGCUCGUCGUCAAUGCCAGCGGGUCAGGUUUCGGCGAUCCUGCUUACUUUCCCACACGAGGGCAAACUGCACUCACAAACCUCACCGGCAUCAACGAGACCAUCACACGCCAAAAUGCGGACGGGACUUGGAGCUUCGCCAUCCCGCGCUUCUUCGGCGGCGGAACCGUCAUUGGCGGCACAAAAGAGCCCAACAACUGGGCCCUCGCUCCGUUACCAAGCACCCGCGACCAGCUCUUAAAGGCUGCACAGAAGCUGCAGCCUGGGUUGCUCAGCAAGACUGUAGCCGGAGACGACGGGGCCAGGCAGCCACUGCGUGUCAUUGCAGACAUUGUCGGCAGGCGACCGACCCGGCAGGGAGGCAUGCGAGUCGAGUGUCAAGAUGGGCAGCAGGGUGGCGGCGCUGUCGUGCAUGCAUAUGGCGCCGGCGGGCGCGGCUUUGAGAUUAGCUGGGGUGUGGCCAGAGAGGUGACUGUCCUUGUGGUUCAGCGUUUAGGACUUGGUUCUCGUGAGCCGAGAGGUGGUGGCGCUGUCGAGAACGGCACUGCUAGGCACAAGUCGCGGCUCUGAACUUCCCAUGAGAAUCGGCCCAUCGUUCCAAUUUCUCCAGCGUUGGCAGAUGAAGACACACACGCGACAUUGGUCUUUAAAGCCGGAUAUGCAUGAAAAAGAAGCAAAUGUUAAUAGAGCAUCACUGGUUGGAGUGAACAAGACACUGACGACUAUUGAAAUGG